AUGGAGAUAUCACUGACAUAUUCAUUUGGACACAUAAGUCAUUCUGAUAUUAAUGAAUGUGAGAAAGAAAAUGGAGGUUGUGAAUAUGAAUGCCUGAAUUAUCCUGGUUCAUAUCAAUGUUUUUAUCCUCCUGAAGAAAUUAAAGCAACUGAAGGAACCAAUGAAAUUGAAGAAAAUUUUCAAUAUCAUAACAGAAUAUCAUUAUGUGAAAUCGAUAAUGGAGGAUGUGCACAGAUAUGUAAAGAAAUAUCUGAUGACAAAUAUGUUUGUGAAUGUAAUGGUGGUUAUUUACUCUCUGUUGAUGAACAUAACUGCAUUGACAUAGAUGAAUGUGAAGAUUUAUCAACAAAUGAUUGCUCUCAAUUUUGUUAUAAUACAAUUGGUUCUUAUUAUUGUAUGUGUAAACCUGGUUUUAAACUUUAUAAUUACAAGAUUUGUGUUGAUUUUGAUGAAUGUGACACUACUUUAAGUGAAUGUUCACAAAAUUGUCAUAAUACAUUUGGAUCAUAUUAUUGUUCAUGUAGUUCUGGAUUUGAACUUUCAACAGAUGGUAAAACUUGCACUGACAUCAAUGAAUGCAAGUAUUCUACUAUUAAUUAUUGUUCUCAAAUAUGCAUUAAUACACAAGGAUCAUAUUUCUGUAGUUGUAAACGUGGAUUUCGACUUGAAAAUGAUAGUAGAACUUGUGUAGAUAUAGAUGAGUGUGAGGACCUUGUAAGGCAUGAUUGUUCACAACAAUGCCAUAACACAUUUGGUUCUUAUUACUGUGAUUGUAAUCCUGGUUAUAAAUUUGAAUUGGACAAAAAAUCAUGCACUGAUGAAGAUGAAUGUAAAAAUCCACUUACUAAUAAAUGUUCUCACAUUUGUCAUAAUACUCCAGGGGCUUAUAAUUGCAGCUGUAAAUUAGGUUUUAGUUUGCAACCGGAUGGAAUUACUUGCCUAGAUGUAAAUGAAUGUCAAGAGACUUCAAAUAAUAAUUGUUCUCAGAUUUGCAUUAAUACAGAUGGUUCAUAUCUUUGUAGAUGUAAAAUUGGCUAUUAUCUUCAUACUGAUGGAAAAACAUGCUUAGGUAUUGUACAGAAAAAUUUUGAUGAAUGUGACACUACUUUAAGUGAAUGUUCACAAAAUUGUCAUAAUACAUUUGGAUCAUAUUAUUGUUCAUGUAGUUCUGGAUUUGAACUUUCAACAGAUGGUAAAACUUGCACUGACAUCAAUGAAUGCAAGUAUUCUACUAUUAAUUAUUGUUCUCAAAUAUGCAUUAAUACACAAGGAUCAUAUUUCUGUAGUUGUAAACGUGGAUUUCGACUUGAAAAUGAUAGUAGAACUUGUGUAGAUAUAGAUGAGUGUGAGGACCUUGUAAGGCAUGAUUGUUCACAACAAUGCCAUAACACAUUUGGUUCUUAUUACUGUGAUUGUAAUCCUGGUUAUAAAUUUGAAUUGGACAAAAAAUCAUGCACUGUUUCAGAUGAAGAUGAAUGUAAAAAUCCACUUACUAAUAAAUGUUCUCACAUUUGUCAUAAUACUCCAGGGGCUUAUAAUUGCAGCUGUAAAUUAGGUUUUAGUUUGCAACCGGAUGGAAUUACUUGCCUAGAUGUAAAUGAAUGUCAAGAGACUUCAAAUAAUAAUUGUUCUCAGAUUUGCAUUAAUACAGAUGGUUCAUAUCUUUGUAGAUGUAAAAUUGGCUAUUAUCUUCAUACUGAUGGAAAAACAUGCUUAGAUAUAAAUGAAUGCACAAUAAAUAAUGGUGGCUGUAAACGACAAUGUACAAAUUAUCCUGGUUCCUUUAAAUGUUCUUGCAUUUCUGGGGAAAUAUUAAGUUCGGAUGGACGAUCUUGUGAAAAAAUGAAAAAGUGUGAAGUUAACAAUGGAGGAUGUGAACAAAUAUGCACAACAUUACAUAAUAAUAAGAUUUUAUGCAGCUGUUAUAAUGGAUAUUUACUGUCAGAAAAUGAAAAAAGUUGUAUUGAUAAAAAUGAAUGCAGUAAUCUGAAUGGUGGAUGUCAACAUAAUUGUAGUAAUUCUCCUGGAUCAUACUAUUGCACUUGUAUGGAAGGUUAUCAAAUAUCAGAAGAAAAUAAAUUUGCUUGUAAACGUAAGACUGUAUUUUAA